UUGACACAUCACGCGCAUCUGCAUAAUCUAUAUCACAGCGCUAAACAGCUCAACUCUUGUCAAAACUGUAUAACAAUUUUACCGCUCAUUUCUCUUUUAGUUAUCUCUUCCGACUGACAUAAUCUGGACUUGACCUUGGAUAAAAGAACAUUUUUAUCUCUGACUGAGAAUAAGAUGCUUGACUACAAUAUUCUUUCCAUCAGAGGAUGACUGGUCUGUGAGGCAUCUGUUCAUAACUGUUGAACUCAGUCUCCUUCAUAUCUCCUCAUCCCAUUACACUGAGUUCGGGUGUACAUUACGCUGUUCAAAUGGACCUCCACCGGACUGCCUUUAAGAUGGAGAACUCCUCCUAUAUGCCCAGCCCGCUGACCUCUCCUGCCCUGAUGGUCCUGGCAUCAACAGCCGAGGCUGGACGAGAUGCCUCCAUACCCUGCCAGCCCCCUCGGCCGUUUGGAGUGCCAGUCACUUUGGAAAAGGACAUGCACCUCUCGUUUCCCAGCGGCUCGUACACAUUUGCCUCCAUGUACCAUCGGCAAGGAGGCUUUCCCACUCGAGACUUUCCCACCCCUCUGCUCCACCUUCACCCACAGUUUGCCCCACCCAACCUUGACUGCUCACCACUGGGUAUGCUCAACCAUGGCGCAGUUGGAGCUUUCCGGCCGUUCUCCUCCCCACCUGAGGAGCGAGAUGCAGGGCUUUACCAGUCUGCCUUCCUCCCUGCCAAGCGCUUGAAGGGCUGUCUCGAUCCAGAGGCUUCACCUCACCUCCGCUACACAGAUGUGGAGGGAAAAGAUUUUGACUUUGGGGGUGCCCGUGUCCCCGCUGGCUCUCCAAAUGCCUUGAAGGUAGCGGAGGAUGCUGGGAAGAAGCUCUUUGGCUUGUCUGGGCUCUUGGUAGACGGCUCAUCCGGCCCAGAGGAGCACAAAGAAUCAAGUAAGGUGAAGGUCCUGUAUGACACUCAGACGCCAAUGUGUCCGAUCUGUCAUGCUGUUCUGAGGUCAGGAGAGUUACAGGAGCACAUGGAGCAGGAGAUGGAGAGACUAAUGCAGAUGCACAACAGUCAGGGUCCUGCUCAGAAGGAGUGUCUCUCUGCCGGGCCGCCUAAGUCUCUGUUUUCUAUGCACAUAAAGAGAGAGGGUUCCUCUUCUGCCUCUUCUCCACGUCCUGCUGAUGAGGCUGUGCACUCCGACAGGUACCAGACAUUUUUGCGAGUACGAUCAAACAGGCAAACAAGACUGAAUGUUAAGGAGCUCUGCUGGUGCCGGUGCUACGCCAAACACAAAGUGAAAUCUGGUCAUGUUUGGCCUGACUGUGGAUUCUCACAUGCACCUUCUUGCCCACUUUCUGCACGCAUUGGGAAGCUAAAAAGACGGAAAGCAGAAGAAGAGCAGAGAGACAGCAUGUGUGUUGUUGAAGAUGGCUCCGUGAUCUCAGCCGGGAGGGAGUUUGAAUGGGCAGAGCAGAGAAGAAUACAGAUGGUUUCUGUUCUCAGAGGCUUCAGAGGUUUGGUGAGCAGCACACUGAAAGAGCACCAGGAUAGUGAUGCAGAUCUGGAUGUGGACGGCGAUGAUACUUUGGAGUAUGGAAAAGUGCAAUACACAGAGGCGGAUGUGAUUCCCUGCUCAGGAAAUGAAGCCAGAGAGGCAGAGGAGAGGCAAGCAUUAAGAGGAGCCGUUUUAAAUGGAGAUACAACCAGCAGGUUAUCCCCAGAGCAAAUCAAGUUGGCAAACUCAGAAACGCCUACUACAAGUAAUGGGGAGUUCGACAACAAUAUUAGCACAACAUCCCCAAGAACCUGUAAGAAUAGCGAGUUGGAAAGCUUAUCGGAUGACCCCUCCCUCAACACGCUGGAGGCCCUAAAAACACGCAUCCGAGACCUGGAGAAGCAGCUCACGCGAGGGGACAGAUUCAAGUGUCUCAUCUGCAUGGACUCCUACACAGUACCUCUGACCUCUAUCCAGUGCUGGCAUGUCCAUUGUGAGGAAUGCUGGCUUCGCACCCUGGGAGCAAAGAAACUGUGUCCACAGUGCAACACCAUCACCUCACCAGGGGACCUGAGGCGAGUGUAUUUGUGAAGAGUUACAACCGUCCUGUCAUCUGCCUGUUUGCACUCCACACAAACGGAUCAUUUUUACUGAGGAGAACCUUUGCAAAACUUAAAGGACAUUCAGAGUCAUUGAAAAUGUUUCCGUCGGAAUGCAACCUAGUUACACAAAGACCACUGUGCUCAUUUCUUGAUGAAAUGGUAAAGUUUUAAAGUAUUAUUCUUCACAACAGUAUCAUAAGGACAGUCAAAACUGAUCACAAGAAUCGUUCCUAUGUAUAAAAGCUGUUUUAUAUGAUAUUGCUAAGUUAUUCUCAUAGAGAAAGCUCUAAAGCAAUCUGUCCAAUAGUUUGUGAAUGUUUACACUGAAGAAUUCUUUUCUAAUUUGGAUCUAGCAGUGUUGAUAUGAAACGGUAUACGGUUAACUUUGUUUUGUGUAGAAUGUGCAAAAAAACUAUAAUAUUGUACAAUUAUUUUCCAUACUUAUGUAACUGUAAUUUAAUAGUGAAUGGGAUCUUUUAAAUAUGCUUUAAGAUAAAUUAUCAUUUCACCUGAUGGGUUCAUAUUGUGUAAUUGUUUCUUUCAUGCAUUUAAAAAAAAUUAUUUAGUGCAUUUUACAGUACAGAACAUCUCAUGAUCUCUCGUCCCAAGCAUGCAUGAACUCUCUCAAAGAACAAAGACUAAAUACAGUGCAUCCAGAAAGUAUUCAUAGCGCUUCAAUUUUUCCACAUUUUUUCAUGUUCCAGCCUUAUUCCAAAAUGUAUUAAAUUCAUUUAUUUCCUCAAAACUCUACACACAAUACCCCAUAAUGACAAUGUGAAAAAAGUUUUUUUUAUGUUGUUGCAAAUUUAUCAAAAAUAAAAAAGCUGAAAAAUCACAUGUACAUAAGGAUUAACAGCCUUUGUCGUGAAGCUCUAAAUCGAGCUCAGGUACAUUCUGUUUCCACUGAUCAUUCUUGAGAUGUUUCAGUAGCUUAAUUGGACUUCACCUGUGGUAAAUUCAGUUGAUUGGACAUGAUUUGAAAAGGCAUACACCUGUUUAUCUAAGGUCCCAGGGUUGACAGUGCAUGUCCAAACCAAGCAUGAAGACAAAGGAAUUGUCUGUAGACCUCCGUGGCAGGAUUGUCUUAAGGCAUAAGGCUGGGAAGGUUACAGAGAAUUUUUUGCUGCUCUGAAGGUUCCAAUGAGCACAGUGGCCUCCAUCAUCCGUAAGUGAAAGAUGUUUGGAACCACCAGAACUCUUCUUAGAGCUGGCCGGUCAUAUAAGCUGAGUGAUCAGGGGUGAAGGACCUUAGUCAGGGAGGUGAUCAAUAACCCGAUGGUCCCUCUGUCUGUUCCAGUGUUCUUCUGUUGAGAGAGGAGAAACUUACAGAAAGACAACCAUCUGUGCAGCAAUCCAUUAAUCAGGCUUGUAUGGUAGAGGAUGGUAGAGGACUCCCUGCUUGGAAUUUGCCAAAAGGCAUCUGAAGGACUCUCAGACCAUAAGAAACUAAAUUCUCUGGUCUGAUGAGACUAAAAUUGAACACUUUGGAGUGAAUGCCAGGCGUUACGUUUGGAGAAAACCAGGCACCGCUCAUCACCAGGCUAAUAUCAUCCCUACAGUGAAGCAUGGUGGUGGCAGCAUCAUGCUGUGGGGAUGUUUUUCAGCAGAAGGAACUGGAAGACUAUUCAGGAUAGAGGGAAAGAUAAAUGCAGCAGUGUACAGAGACAUCCUGAAUGAAAACCUUCAUCAGAGUACUCUUAACCUUAGACCUCAGACAUUUUCCAGCAGGACAAUAACCCAAAAUAUCAAUGGAGUGGCUUCACAACAACUCGGUGAAUGUCCUUGGGUGUCCCAGCCAGAGCCCAAACCUAAAUCUUAUCGAACAUCUUUGGAGAGAUUUGAAAAUGGCUGUACAGCGUCACUUCCUAUCUAACCUGAUAGAGCUCGAGAGGUACUGCAAAGAGGAAUGGGCAAAAAAU